CGGUCUUUCCCCUGUUCUCAUUGCAGAGUCAGACUCUUAUUCUUCCCCAAAGGUCUCGUCUUUCAGACCAAGCAAGCAGGUUUUGGUUGGUUCGUCUCUCCAUUCGUUUGUCCGGAACCAUUGAAUUCCGCAUUCAAGUGAUGAUUGGGAUGAUAAUCCCAAUGACACUUGGCACUUUCGGGUUUUGAUUUGCUUCCACGGAUGACGUCGUGAAUUAUCUCGAAAAGAUGGGAGAUUGGUGUUUGGCAUUGAUGGUUCUUGGUUUUUCUUACCUUUUGUGAAAAACCCAGAUGGAAGGUUUGACAUUUCUGGAUGGCUAAUUGUGUGGUGUUGAUUUUUAAUCUUCAUGGGGUACAUUGAAUUUUGAGAACAAGAGCUUCCCUCGGAUUUUGUUAGUUUUUUGUGUAUAUGGAGCACCUUCCAGUUGAAGUCAUAGGUAACAUACUAUCCCGGCUUAAAGCUGCCCGAGAUGUGGUGAUUGCAUCUGCGACUUGUAAGAAAUGGAGAGAGGCUUGGCGCAACCACCUCCACACUCUUUCUUUUAAUUCCAAUGAUUGGUCCGUCUAUCAUGAUCUGACAACAAGUAGAUUGGAAAUUCUUAUAACUCAAACAAUUUUCCAAACUACAUCAUUGCAGUGUUUAUCCAUUUUAAUGGAUGAUGUUGAUGAAUUUUCAGCUGCCCCAGUGAUUGCUUGGCUCAUGUAUACCCGGGACACUUUGCGGCAACUGCAUUAUAAUGUGAGGACUACUCCGAUUGUGAAUAUCAUUGAGAAAUGCAGUCGGCAGAAGCUUGAAGUCUUGGCAUUGGCUUAUAAUUCUGUAACAGGUGUUGAACCCAGUUAUGAGAAAUUUCCAUGCUUGAAGUCACUUUCACUAAGUUAUGUCAGUAUCUCAGCAUGGGAUUUGAGCCUUUUGCUUACCGCAUGUCCAAAACUUCAGAAUUUGGCUCUUAUUAAUCCUGAUAUUGCCAUGUCGGAUGCACAGACAACCAUGGAACUUAAUAGUCCUUCUCUAAAAGAUAUCUAUGUGGAAGCUGUCAGUUUGGAUAAGUUCAUACUAGAGGCUGAUAGCAUUGAGAAUCUGCACCUGAAAGAUUGUACCCUCGAGCUUUUUGAGCUUAUUGGUAAGGGGUCACUGAGAGUUUUGAAGAUCGAUGAUGUUAGUGUCCUCCAUCUUGAUAUUGGUGAUAACACAGAGAAUCUUCAGAUUGUGGAUGUUAGCAGCUUCACUAUCAUGUGGCCAAAGUUCUAUAACAUGAUCUCAAAAUCGUCAAAUUUAAAGAGGCUUCGGCUCUGGGGUGUUGUAUUUGAUGAUGAGGAUGGGGUUGUGGAUUUGGAGACUGUUUCUUCUUGCUUCCCUCAGUUAAGCCACUUAUCAUUAAGUUAUGACUUAAGAGAUGUUUGUGGCUUGCAGGGGUCAUCGCAUUUGGAGAACGUGGUUGUGCUAGAACUUGGAUGGACUAUAAUCAGUGAGCUCUUCUCAGACUGGGUAGCUGGAUUUCUAGAAAGAUGCCCUAAUUUGAAGAAGUUAGUCAUUUAUGGGGUAGUUUCAGAAGCCAAAUCCCAUGAAGAGUGCCGAGUUUUAGCAAGCUUCACCUCUUCCAUUGUCCGGCUGAUGAGAAAAUAUCUGCAUGUAGAGGUACAAUUCGAUUAUGAAUAGAAGACUAGAAGUCCUGCUGACUGAAUUGGUGCCUGUUGAAAUAUUUGUUGAGCGUGAUUGUACAAUAAGGUACAUGGCAGAACUUCAUUAUUCCUAUCAUCCUCAUAAAAAUAUGAAAAAGGAAGCCCCUUAUUUUCCGUACAAGAUUAUGCGUGCUGAGCAAAUGUAAAUUUACAGAUUGUUUUGAAAAUCAAUUUUGUCUGUUUAUUUCAGGCUUGUGUUUGUUUCAUAAUAUUCAAAGGGAAAAUUUCAUAUACUGAAGAUUAUUUCGUUUUA